UUUUUAAACCACAAAAUAAACUUGAUAACAUUUAUUAUUUUAUCGUGGAAAACUUGAAUUGCUAGCAUAUGAUUGAGAACAUGUGUGCUACUUGACUUUCGCUAGGCUUAAAUUAAUGUCUUUUAAGAAAUAAUGUCAAAUUGUUGAAACUGGAAAGCUACUUUAGACAGUUGAAUUUUGACAGAGAUUUUUUACUUUUUUAGAGCAGACCACUCAAACAAGUAAUUUAGAAAAUUGUUUGAUGAUAGUCUCAUUUUGUUGUGUAAAUGACAUUAUGAAAUAGUGAAGUUAUGUAUCUGAUUUGAACCUUGAGUUUUAAAUAUUUUGCAAAUAUGUUAAAAUAUCUCUAUCAAAUUUGGGGAUUUUUCCUCGGACUAUUAGGAUUUCCAGCGCAGCGUUAUAUUUGUUUCCGUCCGUAUGUGAUGCCAGUUAUAGUAGGGUUAUGUCUAGGAAUUACCAUUCAUAUGAUGUUCGCUCCCUUUCUUGAAGAAGGAUGUGAUAUAGAAGCCUUACAAAGGGCAGCAGUAAAGAGGUCACAAUUAGGAAACACCCAGUCACCAAAGACGAAAGUAAAGCCUAGUCAAGACAAUGAUGAUUUUGAAGCUCGAAUCAUUAAACAAAUUCCAAACAAUGUUACAGUUGACAAGAAUGCUGCAAGACCAAAAGUGACAAGACCAAGAUAUAUUUCAACAGAACUGGGGAUGAAAGAAAAAUUAUUUGUCUCCGUUUUGACAAGCGCAAACACAGUAGACAAACUGGGAGUGGCAAUGGAUAAAACUUUGUCUAAGUAUGUUACAAAAGUGAUAUUUUUCAGCAGUGAAAAGCCAACUGUAGUUCCAAAUGGUCUCCCACUGGUUGCCUUUGGAGAUAGACAUUCAGAAAUGCUACCUGUGCAUAUUCUCAGAUACAUAAAAGAACAUUAUGCAGAAACAUAUGACUUCUAUCUCUUUAUAUCUGACAGGACCUAUCUACGCACAGAGAAGUACUACAGUUUAGUGGAACACAUAAGUGUCAAGGAUGAUGUGUACAUGGGAGUACCAGGACUUGAUAGAAACUUCUGUGCCCUUGAAGGAGGUGCUUUGCUGUCAUAUUCUGUGAUGUCACAAGUACUGUCCAAGUUGGACUGGUGUACCAGCAACAUACAUUCAGAUAAUCCCAGCAUAACAUUUGGAAGAUGUGUGCAUCACGCUUCGCAGAAAUUCUGCACACCUCGCGGUGGGGACCAGACCCUGAAGUUCUACCAGUUAGAAGAUUUUGAUUAUGAUGCAGAUAUAGACAAACUGAAGGAAGAUGUAGAGUUCAAUCAGUCGCUGACAUUCUACCCGAUGCCGGAUGAUAUAUCACACUAUAAAUUACACAGGUAUUUCUGUAUAGUGGACUUAAAUGAGACACAGCACCAGAUCGAGGCUGCCAAAGCAGACAUAAUUGAUUUGAGUGAACAUUCUCCUGGAGGACGUGAUAGUAUAACUUGGCCACUCGGCGCCCAGCCACCCUAUAAACCUGUGAACAGGUACUCAGUCAUACAGUGGACGUACUUCACAGAGACACAUAUAUACCUUGCCAAUGAACUAACAAACAUCAAAGAAUUAUCAGGUGCAGACAAAGUGGAUAUUGCCAAUAUCAAGAAAACAAGCAUGGAUAAUUUGAACAAGAAGUAUCCAUCCAAGUAUCAUUUGAAAAGAGUCAUUAAUGGUUAUCAUAGAUUUGAUCCUACGCGUGGCAUGGAGUAUAUGCUUGAUUUACAUCUUUCGGAAAGGGCAAAGAAAGGAGUCGAAACAGUGAAGCGUGUUCAUCUGGUCAGACCACUAGGGAAGGUAGAGUUAGUGCCCAUGCCUUAUGUGACAGAAAGCAUGAUGGUUAAUAUAAUUUUACCGUUAAAACCAGACGAAGUUGCGUUGUUCGAUAUUUUUGUGAACACGUACGCUCGUUCUUGCUUACAAACUUCGGAAGAUGUACGCUUAAUUGUGGCAUUGUUAUAUCCAGAUUCAAGCAGUAGUUCCGGACAACCAAAAGAUCCAUUUGCUAAGGUGAAGACAGUCAUUAACGAUUACAGUAAAAAGUACAACACAAAAGGGAAAUUAUCGUGGAAAGCUUUAGAAAAAGUUAAAUCAGAUAUUAACAUUGUUGACAGUCUUCAGGGUGAGUUUAAAAUGGAUGUUUUAAUAUUAAUGACAACAGUCAAUAUGGAGAUGUCGCCGGACCUGACAAACCAGUACUUAAAUCGAGUACGCAUGAAUACCAUCAAAGGGAAACAGGUGUUCUUUCCUAUGGGAUUUUGGCAGUAUAAGCCAAACCUCAUUUAUAAUAAGAAACCGUUCCCAGCCUCUGUUGAAAUAGGACAGAGGCUUGGUGUUUACAAUACGAAAUCGUCAGAGCAUGCAAGCUUCUAUCUGUCUGAUUAUCGGACUGCUAGAAAAGUUCUUUCAACAAAAACUGUGGACAUUUUGAGUAUGUUUGUCACAUACAAAAAUUUCCAUGUGUUCCAAGCAGUUGAGCCGAAUUUAAAAUUGAAGUGGAUGAACUUGACAUGCGAUCCACGUGUGACGACAGAAAAAUAUCAGCAGUGCGUGACUCAGAAUGUAGAAGGACUAGCUAGUCAGCAUCAUUUAGCGUUACUUAUCUAUGAGCAUCGAAAUGAGGUGAUAUCUCAGUCAAACGUUUAUAAAAUUGAACCGGAAAGAAAUGAUCGUGCCCAGGCAGGCCAGCAAAAAUCCGGUGUAGUCCAACCACCAGAACCAAAGCAGGUGCAUCCUCCGGAAUUGAAGCUACACCAGGUCAAUGUUGACCCACCUCCAGUAGACCCACAAGCAGAAGGGAUGAUCCUUGUUGAUCCUAAAAAGCCCUUUAAAGCUUGAUUAGUACAGAUAAUAUUUACCAAAGCCUUAUAUUGCAAAUAAUUCAAAGGUUUUUGAAAAACCCCAUAUGAGGGUUUGGCAAAAAAGUUAUAUAUAAAAAGGGAUUCAUGUUGUAUAAAAAUAUAGCACUGAACAGUCAAGGGUGUAACUGUUUCAAGUUAUCGCAGUUUAUAACCCAUUUGAGUUAUUGCUUAUACUACCAUAACUUGUUUCAGUUAUCAUAAAAUAUUACAAAGCUGUCCUGUGCCAAUUCCUCAUUUUGAAUGAGACUAAUGCAAUUACAUCCUGAAUCCUUGAACUUUUAUCUUUCCAGCUACGAAGUAAAAUUGUUUACGCAAGGCUGAUAAAGGUUUACGCAAAAGUUUUAAAGCUUUAAAACCCUUAACAUUCCAUUAUGCUUAUCAGGUCAUGAUCAGACUAAAAGAGAAUUUGAUUAACCACAGUUUGCUACUAAUUCCACUUUAAAUUUUAAGGUCACUUUGUGAGAACAGCAAAAAGACUUUUUUUGAAUAACUUACCUGAGUUAACUAUAUUUUAUAACUAAUACAGGUUAUAAAAUGCUUGAAAAAGUAACUGAAAUAGGUUACAUAACUUAAAACAGUUACACCCCUGACUGCUGAAAUGUAAUGAAAGUAUUUCAUGUUUUUCAGUGAUAAAUGGAAUAUUUGAGUGAAGUAUAUCCGAUAAUUUCAGUAGGAAAAUAAGAAAGUAAGAAAACUAUAAAAUGGUUAAAAUUUGUUUAAACAUACCUUACAUGUGAGAUCAAAAUAUCUUUUACUUUUUACCAUAUCUUACAUAUUUCAGCUUCUGUUCAUUCAGUGAAAGAUAUUUAAAUUUUUGUAUAUCAAUAUUUCUGUGUUAAAGCCAAAAACAUGUAAGUGAAUAUUGGGCAGUUCUGUUCUCUCAGUGUAACUAGCCUUUAGCUUGCUGGCAGCAAGAGAUCCUUCCUUUACAACCAGUGCAGAUCAAGGUCAGCCUGCAUGUCUGUGCAGAUAAGAUGGGUACGCUGAUUGUGCAGACUGAUCUUGAUCUGCAGUGUUUGCUAUUCAGUCAGUAAAUUUUCAGUGAACACCCCUUUGAAUAGUAAAUGGUACUGCCCAAAUUGAAUGAUAGACCAGUCCAUUUUAGACAUUUAGCAGGGUAAAGGUUAAAGGCUGGAUGAUAAUGAGAUAAUGUUCAGAAUGUCCAACCCACUGUUCAUCAUCAACUGAGCUGCCAAAUUUUUUUUUUUUCAAUUUAUAAUUAUUAAAGUAUUAUUUUUAAUCCAUUUUUUUUAUUUCAGUCACCGAGAUAGCUUUAAUGGCAUAUUAACAUAGUAAAAGUAUUAUCUUCUAGAUUUUAUUUAUAGAACUAUACAUUACAUGUUCAUGAUUGAAUCUCUUUUCAGGCCAUACUUUAACUAAACUUCUCAGACUGGGACCAUAUACUAGAAAAUGUAUCGGUAUGAAGUAUAUUGUGGAAAAGGAAGAAAUAUUUACAAGUACUGGAAUCCUUUUCAAAUAAUUUUGUUUAAAAAGUCCUCACUUUGAGAAGUUAAGUGUGAAUGAUGCCUGAAAAUUACGUUAAGCAGAUAUAAGUCUCUAUCACUUUUCCUGCAAUAUUACACAUUUUAAUGUUAUUUUGUCAUAACUUUUCACAGUCAUAAUUUUUUCUAAUAUAUUUUUAUAGAAUUUGUACAAGUUUUAUAGAUAUUUCUAAUUGAAUUGUCAUUCUUUCCAUUUUAUAUAAUACACUCUUAACUCUUGUAAAAUGCAUUUAUUCUGGUUAAACACACACCCUGUUCCUUAAUAACAGGCCCUCACAAAUAUCAAUUAUUAUUUCAACCUGACAUGUUAUAAAUGUAUGUAGAUAGAAUGUUUCCCACCACACGAUUUUGUGGGAGACAUAUUGAUUUACUCCUGUGUAUUUGUAUCUGUGUGUCUGCCUGUCAGAAAUCUUGUCUGUACUCUAAGUUGACCAUUUCUCAUCCAGUCUUCACCAAACUUGAACAAAAUGUGUUUGCCAAUACAGUCUAAACUGUAUUAAGAGGAUGUCCAAGGGACUGCUAAAAAGUGGUCUUUUAAUGGAAUGGUCUCUUAAUGAAUUUCAGUCAGGUGAAGAGAAAAGUUAUUUUUAACUGUUAAUGUAACUGUAUUUAUUAUGAACAUGUAUAUAUGUAUAUAUAUUUUACAAACUGAAAAUUAUAGCUGGAUUGUUCAUCAGUUCGACUGCUACAAAGGUUAAUUGCAUGCAGGCAGGUGCAAAACGUACCCGCUAAUUACACACGUUAAGAAAUUCCCGGUGAGACUUUGGUACCCUGUUGCUUAAUAGAUCAUCCGAUCUUUACCAAACUUGAGCCAAAUGUUUUUGACCAUAACCCCUCAGCCAGGUUCAUUAACUAGCCAAAGCGCCACAGGCACUUCAUAAUUAUGGCCCUUGAAUUCACCGAAAUCAGCCUUUUUACUCUUCAAAUGUAUAUUUUAAUGAGUAAACAGUAAAUAAAGACUGACUACUAUUCAGAUGAUUAGGCAGUUGUGAGAGACAUACGCUUUUCUCAAAAGCUGCUCUAGUUUGUGUAGAUUUCACUUACCCAAAUACUUUCAAUGACAGAUAAAGUAGAAAUUACGAAGUGUCUCACAUAAAGGCCAGUUCUUAUGGACUUCUGUUAGUAUAUAUAUGGUAUAAUGAGUUACAAGGAUGUAUAAUAUACAGUUAGCAUAAUUAUUGGAGAUUUUAAAAUAUUUAUAUUAUUAUUUUCAACCAUUAUGCAGUUUUUGUAGCAUAAUUUACCAAAAAUAAGUGUAUGACUUCAUUACAAAUUUGUUGCAUAAUUUAUGUAUGCUUGUAAUCUCGUAUAUUAUUACUACAACCAUUAUUAGCCCACCAUCAUCACAUGGUGGGCUAUUCAAAUCACCCUACAUCCGUGGUCUGUCGUCCUUCCAUCUGUUAACAAUUUCUCUUAUUGCAUCUCUCCUCAGGAACUCUGGGGGGAUUUUGACCAAACUUUGUCGGAAUGAUGUACUGGUACCCUAGUUGUGUCCCCCUGAAAAGCAGACUGGUUUAACAGUUUUUGAGUGAGUUAUGGCCCUUUGUUUAUUUUUAUAAUUUACAUAGAUUUAUAUAGGGAAAAACUUUGAAAAUCUUCCUAUCCAUAACCACAGAGCCUAGGGCUCUGAUAUUUGGUAUGUAGCGUCAUCUAGUGUCCUCUACCAAGAUUAUUCAAAUUAUUUCCCUGUGGUCAAGUAUAGCCCCACCUCGGGGGACACAUGGUUUAUAUAAACUUAUAUAGGAAAAAAAAAAAUUGAAAAACAUCUUGUCCAAAACCACAGGGCCUAGGGCUUUGAUAUUUUGUAUGUGACAUCAUCUAGUGGUCCUCUACUAAGAUUGUUCAAACUAUUCCCCUAGGGUCAAAAAAGGUCCCGCCCUGGGGGUUGGGGUUACAUGGUUUACAUAGAAUUAUAUAGGGAAAAACUUUAAAAAUCUUCUUGUCCAAACCACAAAGCCUAGGGCUUUAAUAUUUGUAAUGUAGCAUCAUCUAGUGGGUCUCUACCAAGUUUGUUCAAAUUACCCACCUCAGAUCAAAUAUGGCCCCGCCCUGGCGGUCACAUAGUUCAUAUAGACUUAUAUAGGGAAAAACUUUUAAAAUCCUCUUGUACAUAACCUACAACAUUCAAAUUUGGACCACAUGUAUAGUUUUGAGUGACAAGAUGAACCUUGACAUGAGUUGACCUUGAUCUUGACCUGAUGACCUACUUUCACAUUUCUGUAGCUACAGCCGUCAAAUUUGGACCGCAUGCAUAGUUUUGUGUACUGAAAAAAACUCAGACCUUUUGUUUGACCUUGUGACCUACUUUCACAUUUUUGAAGUACAGGCUUCAAAUUUGGACCACAUGCAUAGUUUUGUGUUCCGAAAUGAAAUUUGACCUUGAUUUUGACCUAGUGACCUACUUUCACAUUUCUCAAGCUACAGCCUUCAAAUUUGGACCACAUGCAUAGUUUUGUGUACCAAAAUGAACUUUGAUCUUGAAAUUGACCUAGUGACCUACUUUCACAUUUCUGAAGCUACAGGCUUCAAAUUUGGUCCACUUGCAUAUUUUUGUGUUCUGAAUUGAAAUUUGACAUUGAUUUUGACCUAGUACCUGCUUUCACAUUUCUCAAGCUACAGCUGCCAAAUUUGAAGCACAUGCAUAGUUUUGUGUACCAAAAUGAACUUUGACCUUGAAAUUGAUCUAGUGACCUACUUUCACAUUUCUGAAGCUGCAGCUUUCAAAUUUGGACCAUAUGCAUGAACCACUUGCACAGUGUUGUGUACCAAAAUGAAAUUUGACCUUGAUUUUGACCUUGAGCUAGUCUUGAAAUUUGGAACAUUCAAAAAUGGCUCAAUGGUGGGCGCCAAAAUCACUCUGUGAUCUCUUGUGAUUGUAAAUGUAGCAUGAUUUACGGUAUUUGAAGCAUAAUUAAAAGAGAUUGGAAAUUGUUUAUCAUCUGUACUUCAAACAUAACACGUUAGUAUUAUUGUAAUUGAGCGUUGAUUAAACAUAAUAUUGAAUGUGGUAUUGGAGGUUUGCUAUGAUUUUUACUUUUUUUGUAUUUUUUGUCACAUUUUUGAUAUCAUUUGAAACAUUUGAAAUGCUUUUUUUCUGUAUCAUAGUCUUAGUGGUAAAACUUAACUGCCAGAUUCGUACUUUGAAAUAAUAUACUGUGGGGAGUGCGUGCCAUGUGUUUGGAUGGGUGUGAGGGGUUGUCAACUUAAAUUAAGUGAAACACUGCUGCUGUGCAAUGAAUUAAUCUCCCAUUCAAAGUUAUCGCUUUUUAGAAGCUUUCACCUUUUAAAUGUAUAAGUCUGAUUUUGUUGAAGAAUCUUGAACAAAAAUUAACAUCAGAAAGACAAGACAAAAUGAGAUACUAUUUUGUAAGUAAGACAUUGUUUUUAGAAUUAGCAGCCUGUUUCGAAAAUUAGAAAUCGGUGAAUCGUUAUCUGCAUCAAACCAUUGAAUUCUAGUCAAUAAAAUUUAAGGAUUUUACAGUGGUACAUUGAUUCAGGGGCUUAAGUUAUUUAUAUUGUCUCCAAUUGAGAUUUUACUUAAAAAUUUUCAAGUGCAUGGUACCUUUUAGUCCAUGGUGUGUGUUCAUAGCAGUUUUAAGUCUGAAUUUAAACUUUUUUCUUUAAAAUGCUAAAAUUUCUUUAACAGGUAAAUUAACACAGAUUGUAAUGUGCAUUUUUUGAGCUUUAAAAAGCUGUGCAAAACUUCACAAGUAUACAUUAUCUAAUAACAAAGUUGUAUCAAACUGAAUAAUUAAUGUUCUUAAGUUUAAAUUUCAGACUUUUAAAUAUAAAUGAACAUGUACACAAUGGUUAUGGUUUAUUGUUAUGGCUUUGUCAUCCUUACUCUGGUCAGUUAAUACAUCACUAGUCAUGUAGUACAGUCAGAUUGUUCAACAGUCAUCUACUUUAUUUUAACCGGAACAAGAUGUGAUUCUUAAAUAUUAGUUGGUGCAUGUGAGAUUUUUGUUUUUGUUUGAGAUGCCACAUAAUUGCUCUGUGAGAGAAAGAUCUGUAAUGUUUCUAGUUUUGGUGUUUCUUGUUUAACUUGAUAGUUAUUUCAGAUUUGUACUGAAAGAUUACUAAUUAUUUUUCAAUGGAACUAAGCAUGUAUUGGUUAGGUAUCAAGAUAGAUGAUUAAAAUUACAGAAAUUCUGUUUGAAAAAUUGUGUAAUAGCCAGAUAUGAAGGUGUUUUUUUAUCUGUUUUUAGCUAGACUUUUUAGCUCGACUAUUCAAAGAAUAAGUAGAGCUAUCCUACUCACCACGGCGUCGGUGUUGGCGUCACACCCUGGUUAAGUUUUUCGUACCAGUCCACAUUUUGACAAAGUCUUUUGAGAUAAGGCUUUGAAACUUUCAACACUUGUUUACCAUUACCAUGUCCAGUUAUAGGCAAGAGUACAUAACUCUGUCAAGCAUUUUGACUGAAUUAUGGCCCCUUUUGACUUAGAAAUCUUGGUUAAGUUUUUCGUACCAGUUCAUAUUUUGACAAAGUCUUUUGAGAUAAAGCUUUGAAACUUUCAACACUUGUUUACCAUCACCAUGUCCAGUUAUAGGCAAGAGUACAUAACUCCAUCAAGCAUUUUGGUUGAAUUAUGGCCCCUUUUGACUUAGAAAUCUUGGUUAAGUUUUUCGUACCAGUCCACAUUUUGACAAAGUCUUUUGAGAUAAAGCUUUGAAACUUUCAACACUUGUUUACCAUCACAAUAUCCAGUUGUAGACAAGAGUUCAUAACUCCAUCAAGCAUUUUGACUGAAUUAUGGCCCCUUCUGACUUAGAAAUCUUGGUUAAGUUUUUCGUACCAGUUUAUAUUUUGUGUAGUGUUUGACAUAUGGCUUUGAAACUUUUAUAUCUUGUUCAGUAUAAUAGUCUCUAUCAAUAGGCAAGAGUACGUAACUCUCUCGUCUUUUUUGGCUGAAUUAUGGCCCUUUUUGAACUUGGAAACUGGUUCUGUUUUGUAUAUGUCCAUGUUUUGUCAAGACUAUUUGACAUAUUGCUUUUAAACUUUAAACACUUGUUUAUCAUUAUGAUUUCCAUCUCUAGGCAAGAGUACAUAACUCUGACAACUAUUUUGACUGAAUUAUGGCCCUUUUUGGACUUUGAAAUUUGUGCAGUUUUUCUUACAAGUCAGCGUUUUGUCAAAACUAUUUGAACUGUGGCUUUGAAACUUUUAACACUAGUUUAUCAACAUGAUUUCCAUCUGUAGGCAAGAGUACAUAACUCUGUCAACUAUUUUGACUGAAUUAUGGCCCUUUUUGGACUUGGAAAUUAGUUAAAUUUUUCAUAUAAGUCCAUGUUUUGCCUAACAUAUAACUUAACAUAUUUCCCAUCAUGGUCACACAUUGCCAUUUAGUGCAAGACUAAUCGAAAUCCACAAAUAUAGGAACAUUUUUUGUUUAAUCCAUUUUUUUUGUUUAGUCUGAAAAUCUAUGGAAAUUUUUUGACCCCAUUCUUCAAUCAAUUCUUCGAAUAGUCGAGCGCGCUGUCGUCCGACAGCUCUUGUUUUUAUUGUUUUCUAAUUUUAGAGCUUUUAGUGUCACUAUUUCUUCCGCAUCACCAAAGUUUUGUAUGUAAGCAGGUUUCUCUAAAAAAAACUUGACCAAGUGCUUUGAACCUUCUCACAUGCCUUAUGCAUACACAAAUUUAGCUUCUAUUUGACCAAAGCUAUGCCCUUUUUUAUUACUUUAGAAGUUUUUGUUGAAACUGUACUCGGAAAUUACAUUGCAGAAUGCUUUCCAACUUCAUACAUUUCUUAUGCAUAAUUAGAUGACCUGCCAGGGCAAGUUACAUAAAUCAAGCUUUUAUUAGCUUGACUAUUCUACUAGCUAUUCUACUCACCCUGGCGUCGGCGUCAGCGUCACACCUUGGUUAAGUUUUUGCAUGCAAGUACAUACAGCUAUAAUUUAAAGGCAUAUAGCUUUGAAACUUAUUUAUUCUUUUUCUAGGUCAAUUGCCAACCUCACUGGGUCAAGUUCCAUAACUCUAACAUGUAUUUUGAGCAAAUCUGCCCCCUUUUGGACUUAGAAAAUUCUGGUUAAAGUUUUACAUGCAAUUUACUUUCUCCAAAACUAAUGCAGAUAUUGAAUUGAAACUUCACAUGUGUCUUCGGGGUUAUAAAACUAGUUGAUAGCACCAAGUCCCAUAACUCUGACCUUCAUUUUGGCCAAAUUAUGCCCCCUUUUGUACUUAGAAAAUUUUGGUUAGUUUUGCGUGCAAGUACAUACAGCUAUUUCUAAAAGGCAUAUAGAUUUGAAACUUAUUUUUUCUUUUUCUAGAUCAAUUACCUACCUCACUGGGUCAAGCCCCAUAACUCUGACAUGUAUUUUGGCCAAAUUAUGCCCCCUUUUGGACUUAGAAAAUUCUGGUUAAAGUUUUGCGUGCAAGUACAUACAGCUAUUACUAAAAGGCAUAUUGAUUUGAAACUUAUUUUUUCUUUUUCUAGAUCAAUUACCUACCUCACUGGGCCAAGUCCCAUAACUCUGACAUGUAUUUUGAGCAAAUUAUGCCCCCUUUUGGACUUAGAAAAUCCUGGUUAAAGUUUUACAUGCAAGUUACUAUCUCCAAAACUAAUGCAGAUAUUAAAUUGAAACUUCACAUGUGUCUUCGGGGUUAUAAAACUAGUUGAUAGAAUCAAGUCCCAUAACUCUGACAUGUAUUUUGGGCAAAUUAUGCCCCCUUUUGGACUUAGAAAAUCCUGGUUAAAGUCUUGCGUGCAAGUACAUACAGCUAUUACCAAAAGGCAUAUAGCUUUGAAACUUAUUUAUUCUUUUUCUAUGUCAGUUACCAACCUCACUGGGUCAAGUUCCAUAACUCUUAACAUGUAUUUUGAGCAAAUUAUGCCCCCUUUUGGACUUAGAAAAUUCUGGUUAAAGUUUUACAUGCAAGUUACUAUCUCCAAAACUAAUGCAGAUAUGGAAUUGAAACUUAACAUGUUUCUUCGGCGUUAUUAAACUAGUUGAUAGCAUCAAGUCCCAUAACUCUGAUAUGCAUUUUGGUCAAAUUAUGUCCUGUUUCGAACUUAAAACUCUUUUGAUAUUUAACAUUUUGGGUAAUAAUUCCCUGCUUCUGUGACAAUAUUUCGAAUAGUCGAGCUUGGCUGUCUUACGGACAGCUCUUGUUUUAUUAUACUUAUGACUCUUUUUGACUGCAAAACUGAUAUUAGGAAAGAAACUUUAAAGUUACUAAAAAAAAUCUCAUUGUUGAUUAAAUAUUUCAUGAUUCCAUAUUACAGUAAAGGUAAACUCAAUCAUUCAUGUAACUCAAAUAUUUGUCACUUUAUCAGUUCUUUUAACUCAGUUUUAUCAGAACAGAACAAAAUUUGAUUUAAGCAUACAAGCUCAUCAUCAUAAAUUAAUCAUUGGUAAGGCCAAGACAAAUAAUUUUUCUUCAAGCACACACCAGUAUUCUACCAAUGCUCAUACCCUAUGUACUUUUACUACAAACACUAGAUUUUUUUGCAUCCACUUCUAUAAUACCACCAGUCAUUUUGAUUUUAAAGAUGUAUGAAAUUAGUUGAAGUUGAAGCAAAACUUGUACAUAUAUUUUUUAUAUAACUUUGUUUUACUUACCAAACACGUAUUCAACC